GGGCGUGAGGUGACGGUUGGCUCGGAGCGAGGAGACCGACAGAGAGACUGGGCGGAGGAAGCGAAAACAAACGGCAGCGGUCCGGUGCGGGAGCGGCGCCUUCCGAGGAAGCACGGGGGAGGAAGAGGAGGAGGAGCGGGAAGAAGAAGGCGGCGGCCCGCAGUGGGGAAUAUAAUAAAUAAAUUAGCACGAAGGGAAGGAGAGAGCGGCAGCGUCCGAAACCAUCAUGGCCGCCACCGGCUGUGGUCUCCUAGCAACCGCGUGACCCUCCCGUGACCCCUGUAUGCAGUCACCAGCCCAGCGUUGUGUUGACCGGGCUGGAAACCCACUGCAGCAGCAAUACCUCAAUUUCAUCUAAAACCCUUAUUACCUGUGGUGUUCCACAUUGCUUCAUUGUAUAGCUGCGUGUCAGUGUAGAUGUUUAGAUACUAGAGGUGCAGGUGCAAUAUUUGUAUCUUCCAGACGUGCAUUGGGAGCUAUGCAGUCUGCAGUGGGCGCUGCCCCUACCUGGGAGGCUGCUGGCCCGGCAGAGGCUGCGGGGGAAAGGAGGAACUCUGCUGGCAGCCCACCCGCCACCAGCACUGCUGCUGCCAGCUGUGCCAGCAGCCCCCCACUCAGUGCCAGCUGCCCCCUGCCCGAGAUGGAAGCCAGCCCCCUGGUGGAGCCCAAGACCAGGCACAGACCCCCUCAGACCUUUGACCUCCUGAGCCUGGUCGUGGCUUUCAAGAGGCUAGAGUUCUUCGCAGAGCCACUCUACGACGCUUGGGAGAUGGUGAAGUAUUUGAUCAGGUGGAAGGCGCCAAAAUGCUCCAUGUUGUGUUGCAUCACUCUCAAUGUAUUAUUCCUGACACUUACAGAAGCUGGCUGGUUCAUUCUUCUCGCACUAUUUAUCUCUACCCCUGCUGUACUUGGGUAUUUGCAGAACUGCUGCCAGGAGCAGCUCACUGAGCAAGCCCUUGCAAGACAGAAAAAUCACAGUGUCCGAAGAGAGGACCUUCAAAAAGUUAAAAUCAGCAGACAAGAAGCUCUGGUUGAAAUCAAAGCUUUUUUAAUUCACCUGGAUGAGAUGGUGAAUAAGACCUGUAGCAGUUGUGAGGCUGCAUAUCGAGUCCUCUACUGGGAAGACCAUUCACUGUCUGUCCUGUUUUAUGGGAGCCUGUUGGGAAUGCUCUCCGUCGUUUAUCUCCUCCCACUCUGCUGGGUCAUUGUUCUUCUGAACAGUUUGUUAUUUCUGGGAAAUGCAGAUUUCUAUAGGGUUAUUAUCGAUUACAAAGUAGCGUUACUACAGAAUUAUAGAUCCGACACUGGGAUUGGUCAAGAGGUGGUUACAGUGUCUGAGUCAGAAGGUGGUUUAAACCAGGAUGUGACACCAACUGGAAGUACUCCAGAGGAAAUAACCAUAGGAACCUUGGAGGAGCCAGAGGAGCAGGAGGCAGAAGAUGAAUUCAAAGACGCAAUAGAGGAGCACCAGCUGCUGGUUAUGGAGGAUGAUGAUGGUCCACAUUGCACUGGGGAUUAUGAUCUGACCAUGCAGGACAAUGGAUUUUUUAAUAAGAAUGAGCCCAUCAGGAGCAAAGUCUCAAAGUUGACUGAAAAACUGCGGAAACGUUAUCCCACUAACAACUACGGAAAUUGUAACAGCUGCAGUGCCACGUUUUCAGUUCUGAAGAAGCGACGUAACUGCAGCAACUGUGGCAACAGUUAUUGUUCGAGAUGCUGUUCAUUCAAAGUUCCCAAAUCAUCAAUGGGAGCGACUGCCCCAGAUGCCCAACGGGAGACGGUGUUUGUGUGUGCACAGUGUCACUUCAUUUUGAGUAAAUAGGACGCGGCAUCCGCUCUUUCUCCUCCUCUCCUUUUAAAUGUAAAUUUUAUUUUUACGUUUUAACUAAAAUGUACUGUAUCAGAACUGGAGAAUACAGAGAUGGGCAUGAAAUGCAUCAGUAUGUACAAUGAACUCUUCUGCAUUAAGGGGUUAGGGCUGCAGACUAGCUAUGAGAGCAAAACUGUUUCUGGAAUCAAUGUUUGUUUGUCAUAUAAAAUAAUAUAUAUAGAUCUAUCUUCACCUCUAAAUGCUGCCUUCUACUGUAUAUACUGUGGGAUUAGACCUUUGCAGUUUUCUUUUUGUAUGGAGCACUGUGUAGAACACUCUAAAGAGCUGGUAAAACUAUCCAGAUCCUCAUAAACCAUGUUUCUUAAGAUUGUA